AAGAAUCGCGCCCGUGGUUUCCCGCCCUCGUCGCGCGCUCCGCGUCACCGCCGUUUUUUCCUUUUGAACGCCGCCUCAGAAAUCGCCGCUUCGAGUUUUUAAUUUCCUACAAAAGUCAACGUUUAGUUAUUUUUACAAAUCGAGGACCGAUGCUCCGCCACGCUGCGACAUGGAAAACCACGAAGACUUCUGCCGGAAGUGCCGCGAGGAGUUGGGGGAAACCCCAUCGACCCUCCUGGACCCAGCGAGAUACCUGGGGUGGAGCCUGGGUCGUGUGAUCACCAACUCUUCCGUACGAUUCUGCGGACGUCCCAUCCUCCCUCCGCUGCUGGGAUUGGAGCAGAAAGCAGAGAUGAGAGAACUUUUGGCCACCGCUUUGGAAAAGUCGACGAGGAAAAUCGGGGCCAGCGCGCAGAAGCACCACGCACACACCACCACCUCCAGCAACAACCCACAGUCGCAGGCCCGGGACCGCGCCGCCAAUGACUCGAGAAUCGACUCGAGCAUCGAGAGGGAGCGGAGAGACGAGGGCGGCAGCUGCCGUGGAGAUGACGACGACGACGGCGGGCGCCACCACCACCAGCACCGCAGCAGCAGCCGCAGCGACGUCUCCCGUCAUCACGCCGUGUCGCCCGCGUCCUCGUUCGACCUGACCCGGACCGUCUCCACGUCGAGCCGCCACCACCCGCUGUGGCUGCAUCUCGACGACGACGACGACGACGACGGUGACGACGACGACGACGAUGGUGACGGUGACGAUGAGGAGGAGGAGGAGAACAGCUCCACCGCCGUCGUCACUGUCGGCUCUCCCCACGAUGAGCUGGGGGCCCUUGGAGUGCCCCGCUCCGACCUUGACGCCGAUCGUUUCCGUACUGCUGGUGAAAAAUCGGCGAUGCAAGGGGACGACGUCGCUGGUGGUGGUGGCGGCGGUGACGGCGGUGACGGUUGUGACGGUGACGGCUGUCGUCCUCCCGGCGAGCCGAGCGCCGGGGUUUACACCGAGAUGGCUGCACGGUCGGACUCGCCUAGUCUGUCGGUGGCGGAAUUGGUCGUCGAUGAUGGAAGCGGUGGUGUUAGUGGUGUUAGUGGUGGCAUUGGCGUCAUUGGCAGUGGCGGUGUUAGUGGUGGCAGUGGUGUCAUCGGUAGUGGUAGUGGUGGUGGCAGUGGUGUCACUGGCAGUGGUAGCAGUGGUGUCAUCGGUAGUGGUGUUAGUGGUGGCAUUGAUGUCAUUGGCAGUGGCGGUGGUGGUGGCAGUGGUGGCAGUGGUGUCACUGGCAGUGGUGGCAGUGGUGUCAUCGGUAGUGGUGUUAGUGGUGGCAUUGAUGUCAUUGGCAGUGGCGGUGGUGUCAUGUGUAGUGGUGUUAGUGGUGGCAUUGAUGUCAUUGGCAGUGGCGGUGGUGGUGUUAGUGGUGGCAGUGGUGUCAUGUGUAGUGGUGUUAGUGGUGGCAUUGAUGUCAUUGGCAGUGGCGGUGGUGUCAUCGGUAGUGGUGUUAGUGGUGGCAUUGAUGUCAUUGGCAGUGGCGGUGGUGUCAUCGGUAGUGGUGUUAGUGGUGGCAUUGAUGUCAUUGGCAGUGGCGGUGGUGUCAUGUGUAGUGGUGUUAGUGGUGGCAUUGAUGUCAUUGGCAGUGGCGGUGGUGGUGUUAGUGGUGGCAGUGGUGUCAUGUGUAGUGGUGUUAGUGGUGGCAUUGAUGUCAUUGGCAGUGGCGGUGGUGUCAUCGGUAGUGGUGUUAGUGGUGGCAUUGAUGUCAUUGGCAGUGGCGGUGGUGGCGGUGUUAUCAGUGCCGCCGGUGGUAAUAUAAUUGACGGUGGUAGCGAUGGCGAUCGCGUUGGCGGUGUUGGUGGUGACGGUGGCAGUGGUGGUGGAAGCGGCGGCGGUUUCCUUCCUGCGUCGGCCAGCGCUGCGCUCCUUGCGGAGGGCGCCCGCGAGCCGGCGUGCGGUAGCGACGAUGGAGGUGCCGACGAGUGGAGCGAGGUGGCGCGGCUGCUUGAGGCGCAGGCGCUCAUGCUGAUGGAGAGGACCUCGCCGCUGGGCCAAGGAGGAGGAGGAGUAGGAGGGGAACGUAGAGCAGAAAUAACAAGCGGAGGAGGAGGAAGAUGGGGAGGAAUAGGCAGGCUGAUGGGAGAAGGGAUCUACUGGGGAGAAGGACAAAUGGUUGGAGAGGAAAGACGAAGAGGAGAAGUUGCAGAAGGCACCAGCGGAGGAGAGGCAGAAGGAAGAGCAUUGGAGCGAAUGUUAGAAAUGAGACGCGAGGGAACGAGCGUGGCAUUCGAAGGAACGUUUGGGCUGGGGGAAGGCCUACGCGGACUCGAAGUGCACGGGGGGAGAAACAGAGAUGCAGGAAUCGUCGACAGAAGACGAGAGGAAGCAGGCCGAUCGGGAGGAUCACAAGGAGACCGAAGAACGAGAUCAGAAGGAGGAGGUUUCGGCGGUGGCGGCAGCGCGGACGGAAUGUUUGCGGAGUGCCUCGGCGUUGUGGCCGGACGUCCUUCUUUACCGUCCGCCUUUCCGCCUUGCGCCUGGCUCUCGGAGCGGAGCUUCGAGCGCUCUCCCCGCGCUCGCGACGGCGGCGCGGCGCCACGUUCGGGCGUCGAGGCCGCCGCGGCUCGGGCCGAUUCGGAAACGAAUCGGGCGGCGCGCGCCGCUCCGCUGAACAGGUCCUACGACGUCGCCACGCCGUCACCGGCGCUCCUCGCCAGCCUCAGGGGAGGAGGGGGAGAGGUGGAGCGCGAGCUGGUGAAGAGGUGUCUGGAGAUGGAGCUGUGCGGUGUCAUGGGAGUGCGGGCGAAGGUGACUUGCGGGAGCUACUGGCGCGCGGUGAAAGACGACAGUCGGCUCAAGGGAGAGCGAGUGACGGCGUUGGCCAGAGGGUUCCUCACACGACGACUUCUCGCUACCGAGAAGGUGCAGCAGCUCAAGCAGACCGUCAAGGACACACGGGAUCUGCUGCACUCUUUGAGGCAGGCAACUCCUCCCCGCCGCUCUCGGUCGACGCAGGACUCGGCGCUGUACGAGAGGGCUCUCGCUCAGCUGAGAGCCGCUCUCUACGACGUCCAUGACAUCUUCUUUGCGACGACGAGCCACGAAAAGGUGGAGAUGAUGAGGAGCGACAGGGAGGCGCGCCGAGAGAGGGAACAGCGGAGGCUGGAGAGAAGCGUUGAGGUGCCACACGGAAGACCAGUGCUGUCUGCUGCCACGCAGAAGUCGCUGGAGAGGAAAUUCAAGCAGAGGGCGACGGAGCAAAACCGAGGGAGUCCGAGGACGCGGGGUCCUAUCGUGCGGGCGUCCAGCCACUCCAGGGUGUUUAGGCCUAACCAGAGCAUCAACACGUUACCUCCUGCUGCCAUGGCCACUGGGGGCUUGUACAGGUCGGCGAUUGCGAAGGGCAAGGAAACGGCCUUCCCUGCCUCCGCUGCUUCUCCCACCGCCUCCCGCUGCGCUCGCGUGAGGAAGAUCGGAGGCAGCGGCGGCGGCGGCAGCGGCAGUGGCGGCGCAAGGAAAGUUGGGAGCAUCGCCAUCAAGAAGCGUCCGUCGCUGGCCAUGUGAGGUGCGCCGGGACAAACGUGAGAGCCGGGGGCAUCUUGUUCGUAACCUCGCCCCGGCCAUUAACCGACCGGGGUAACCAACGACUUUAAGAAAUGUUUAUUUUACCAGCGAAGGCCCCCGCUUAGCUGUGUAGCUUUUUUUUUUAUCAGAAGCGACCCUGGCUAUCGCAAAUGGUAGGUCAACGAAGUGUCUGAUCAUCAUCGUCAUCAUCGUCGUGUGGAAAUUUCUAGCAGCCAAAUACUCGUUGAGUCUUGAACGUGGAGGGAAAAACCGGAGUACCCGGAGAAAGAUCCACGCGGCCACGGGGAGAGAGGCACUCAAACUCCAAAUCUACAGCAGGCGUCAGUGUCAGGAUUGAACCCACGACUUCCUGCAUACCAGGCGAGGUAGUUAACAUCUCCUAGCCACCGUGGCGAUGAUGAUGAUGAGAGAGAGAGAAGCAAACUCCAAAUAUACAGCAGCAGGCGUCAGUGUCAGGAUUGAACCCACGACUUCCUGCAUACCAGGCGAGGUAGUUAACAUCUCCUAGCCACCGUGAUGAUGAUGAGAGAGACACGCAAACUCCAAAUAUACAGCAGCAGGUGUCAGGGUCGGGAUCGAACCCACGACCUCCUGCAUGCCAGGCGAGGUAGUUAACAUCUCCUAGCCACCGUGAUGAUGAUGAUGAGAGAGACACGCAAACUCCAAAUAUACAGCAGCAGGCGUCAGUGUCAGGAUUGAACCCACGACCUCCUGUAUACCAGGCGAGGUAGUUAACAUCUCCUAGCCACCGUGAUGAUGAUGAUGAGAGAGAGAGAGACACGCAAACUCCAAAUAUACAGCAGCAGGCGACAGGGUCCGGAACGAACCCACGACUUCCUGCAUGCCAGGCGAGGUAGUUAACAUCUCCUAGCCACCGUGAUGAUGAUGAUGAUGGAAGAGAGACACGCAAACUCCAAAUACACAGCAGCAGGCGUCAGGGUCGGGAUGGAACCCACGACCUCCUGUACACCAGGCGAGGUAGUUAACAUCUCCUAGCCACUGUGAUGAUGAUGAUGAGAGAGAGAGAGACACGCAAACUCCAAAUAUACAGCAGGCGACAGGGUCCGGAAUGAACCCACGACCUCGUGCAUGCCAGGCGAGGGAGUUAACAUCUAGCCACCGUGAUGCCCAAGUUGUGCUUGUAUGCCAAUGCAGCAGCAGCAGCGUCGCCAAAUCAUUCACCGUAAUAGCCGUCGUGUCGCAGCGCCACUGCCAUGUUCAGUCUUCCAUCUCCUCGAAGCCAAAGGGGUCCCCCCAGUAUUGCGAGGGGUCAGCUACGCGGAUAGGGGCGCUGUACGUGUGACAUUAAGCAUGGGGAAAUCAUCUCGGAUUUAAGCACCUUCCUGUGUGGAGUUUUGAAUGGCCUCCACCUGUCCUGCAGAGUGAGUAGACUUUGUAUGGCUUCCACCUGUUCUACAGAGUGGAGUUUGUGUGAUCUCCCCCUGUUCUGCAGAGUGAGUGAGUGGAGUUUGUAUGAUGUCCCCUGUCCUGCAUGGGUUUCCUCCAGGUCCUCUCUCGGAUGAAACCCAUUAAUAAUCAAAACGUGCUCCUAUAAACUGAGUCAGGGUUAGGGGUGGGGGAUGGUGGUGUUUGGGAUGGCACCUCAGCGGUGUUCACACCGAACCCCGUGAACCGGAGUUGUAUUCCUCGUCCUACGGCUAACAUCGGUGGCGAGCGAUAACAGCGAUAGCCAAUUACACUUUUAAAUAUCGAAUCCAGCCCAGCCGGAGCCAUCGCCCUUCUCCCGACCCUCCCCCCGCCCCCAAACCCCCUUCCCGCCCCGCGUGCCGUGCCACCAGCCCGCCCUGACCCUGACCAGCCCGGUGAAGUACGGUCCGCGCGUUCCCCCGCCCGCCGGGUGCCGUAGCGGCAGCGCCAUUUCUCCGCCGUGACACUCUUGACCGCGGCGAUACGUUUGGUGGCCGCGCUUGCCGCAGCCCCGACGUGGCCGGCGUUUACGCCCCCCUUUACCCUCCCUGCC